AUUCAUAAAUUCGUAGCCAUCUAGCAAUAACGCUGGUAAACAUUGUUAGAUUUAGUAAGUUGAUGACUAAGCUAUUAUAUGUAUAUAUCUUAUUAUUCGAGAUGGAUAUAAGUGUAAAAAAUAAUAACAAUGAAGAUAAAAUUCAAAUGAUUUUUGGGAUGCUUAAACAACAAAUAGAUGAGUACGAUAUUAUAAGUAAGGAUAAAAUAUCAAGAACAGCAUUAAGAAAGCAAAAAAUUAAAAAAUUAGUGACAGAAGAAAAACAUUUGUCCACAGAGUUUCAAAAAAUUAAAAAAGAAUUAAAACGUUAUGAAAAAAAAUAUGAAAAGGCAUUAAAAAAGAAAGUGAAACUAUUGAAAAUACAGAUUGAAGAAGAUCGACGUAAAUUAGAAGCUACAAAACAAAAAUAUUACAAAUUAGAAACUUAUGUAAAUAUAGCAGAAAAAGUAAAGUCAAAGAAAAAAAGUAAACCAUUAAAAGUCAAGAUGAUGUUACCUAAAUUCAUACAAAAGAAUCUACCACUUAGUAAAAAGAUUAAAAUUAAAAUUAAGAAAAACGAAAAGUUAGGUAGGCCUGAAAUGCACUUUAUAAACGAUAUUAAUGGACAAACUGUAUCUUCUAAUUUAUCAUCUAAUUUACUAAAAAUUAUAAAACCUACAAUAAAUACUCGAGAAUGUAAAAUUGUUUUACAAAGACUGACGGAAGAGCAAAUGAACAAAUAUAUUAGUCAAAAUAGGUUAGGUCAAGAGCGUAUAACAAAAAAGCGUAUAACACGAGAUUCUUUAAAAAAAAAUAAUGGAAAUGAAAUAAGUAUGAUUUGUCCAAAUUGGCAUAUAAAAAUUCCAAAAUCAAUAUUUCAAGAAAAUCUCUUACGCAUUAAUAAUUUUAAUCUAAAUUCAACUUCUAUUUCAAAAGAUGUUAUAUAAUUAAAUAUAAUAUGU